AUGACUGUCUUCGGCUGCUCGCUAGCAAUCCUGUCACUCUUUACGAUCCAUCUUCACUUCAUUUCAAGUCUACCCCAUCCUGGGAACGAGCAUGGUUCACAAGUAACCCUGAAAAAUACGACGAUUGACGCCGGUGGCUCCAUGCCAACUUUUCGAAAGACGCCCCUCGAGCACGGGCAUGGUCCUCAGCUGUUCCCUUCCGGGCCCAAGGUCCCUACUCGUCCGGCUCUGCCAAGACAUUUUGCCUGGGAUCCUAAUCUCCAUAUUGAUAAGGGAAAUGUCGUGGUUGUUAACGUGCAAACUGGAGAACCCAUGUACACUAUAAGUCAAUCUCCCGAAGAUCAUCUCACCACUAUUGUCUCCAACCUACGGGGUGAUCAACUCCUGAGCGUCUGUCUCAAGAAAACAGCAGGUCGCGGUGUCAAGUUCGUAUACAAUACCCCUUCAGGUGUGCACUACAAGAUCGAUCCGAGGUUAGCUGCUCCCGAUCACUGGUAUAUGAUGAUGGAGGGACACGACCCAGACGUCUCCUAUGAAACCUUGAAAUAUUUCCGCCGUCGUUCAUCAAACACUGGACCUGUUGAAUUUCACAAUCAUAAUCAUACUCAAGUCGCUUCAUUUGAAUUCGUCAAAUCUUUGGACAAAACCCACUGGAAAUUGGAUACUUUGGGGGCCCUUGACAAGUUUGUCACACUAGAAAUUACGCAACCAACAAACAUUGGGGAUCAUUAUUUCAUCGGGAUGUGGGCUCUGGUUAAAAGAAGAAUAGACCGCUAUGGCUUAUGAGAAAU